ACUAUGUAAACAGUUUUUCAUCAUAAGCGAUGGAUGCAACUGCGGUUUUUAUAAACGUCUUGUUCUUAGUAGCCAAUUUAAUUGAAAUCGCAAACGGUCAAACGCAACGAUCAUGCACUUUGUCGAAUGGUCUUUCUGGUAUUUGCGUACCAAUCAGGGAUUGUCCUAGCGCCGUUGCAUUACUCAAGCAAAGACGACAGGCCAACAUCUGUUCAUAUAUUAAUGAUGAACCAGUCGUAUGUUGCGAAAAGCAAUUGGCUAUUGGUGAAAAGAGUAAAAAUUUUUGCAGCAAUCUUAUUAAAAUAAUAAAAGAGACAAUAAAGAUUUUAGUGGUCGGUGGAACAGAUUCUUUGGCGGCAGAGUUUCCGCACAUGGCAGUUCUUGGUUUUCGUAAUAAUGAUAACAUUAUCUGGGCGUGCGGAGGAGCACUGAUCAGCGAGAAAUUCGUGAUGACUGCCGGACAUUGCCUGUACCAUUCCGAGUUCGGUGAUGUUAGAGCUGUCCGCUUGGGAGACUUGAAUUUGUAUUCGGAAACUGACGAUGCGAAACCGCAGAAUUUUUUGGUGAAGUCCACCCAUAGACAUCCUAGAUACAUGCCACCAUCGAGAUACAACGAUAUUGCUUUGGUUGAAUUAGACAGGGCAGCAACAAGAACAAAAUACGUGCUACCUGCUUGUUUGAAUACUCAGAUGUUUAUACAUUCAAGUAACGCGUUUACAGCGACUGGUUGGGGUUCUUUGGAGUUUUCAGGACGACAAGCCGAUCAUCUGCAGAAAGUUAACAUCUCUUUGGUUGAUAACGGAAGAUGUAAUCAGUUUUACUCAUUGAGUAGGAAAUUGAGGGCGGGGAUUCGCGACGACUCGCAGAUCUGCGCCAGCUCUCCGCACCGCGAUACGUGUGAAGGUGAUUCUGGAGGUCCGCUGCAAAGAAAAUUCCCCUUUGGAAACAACGAUUUUGUUUACGUCAUUUACGGCGUAACGUCGUUUGGGAAAGCUUGCGGAUUGUCCUCGACUCCCGGCAUUUAUACAAGAGUUUCUUAUUUCUUGGAUUGGAUUGAACCAAUCGUUUGGCCCAACUAAUCUUCAGUUCUCAAUUAUGUCUCAACUAACGAAAAUAAAGAUAAAGAAAAAUAAACAUUGGUUUCUCGAUUA